AUGAGUGCUGACAACAAUGAUUCCGCACCUUCUUGUGUCUUUUUUAAAGCUCCUAUUCGUCGUGGUAAUGUAACAACAUCAUCAAAACGUCGUCAAGAUUCAUCAUCAAAUUCUUCAUCAUCAUCAGGUGAUGAAGGUCAACCAUCGGCUUCAACAUUUCGUUCUUCACGAACAAUAAAAAAAGGUCUAGUAACAACAAGUAGUAAUAGUUCAUCAAAUAAACGUCGUCAACAAUAUAUUGAAGAUGAUGAAGAUGAUAAUAAUAAUAAUACAGAUAUGAAAGAAAAAUUACUUGAUGUUAAAUUUAAAUCUGAUCGACAAACACAAUCACAAGGUCCAAAAGAUAUGGGUGCAACAGCUACAGUUGAAAUUGAUACUGAUCUACAACAUGAUCAACAAGCUAUAUUUGAACGUGCAAAAAAAAUUAAUGAAGAAUUAAAAGGAAAAAAAGAUGAUAAAAUAUAUCGUGGUAUGAAUAAUUAUCAACAAUUUUAUGAGAAAAAAGAUACUGCACAAGGAAAUGCAAGUAGUGGUCUUGUUCGAAAUAAAGGUCCAAUUCGUGCACCUGCUCAUCUUCGUGUAUCUGUUCGUUGGGAUUAUCAACCUGAUAUUUGUAAAGAUUAUAAAGAAACAGGUUAUUGUGGUUUUGGUGAUAGUUGUAAAUUUUUACAUGAUCGUUCUGAUUAUAAACAUGGAUGGCAAAUUGAACAAGAAUGGAAUGAACAAUCAUAUGGUGCUGUUGAUGAUAAUAGUCAAAAAUAUUUUGUUGGAAAUAAAGGUGGUCGUUCAGCUGCAUGGAAUGCUUUUUCAUCUGGUAAUAAAGAUCAUUCUCAUCAUCAUCAUGAAGCUAAAUCCGAUGAAGAAGAACAAGAUGAAGAUGGUUUACCAAUUCGAUGUCCUAUUUGUCGUAAUGCAUUUAAAGAACCAGUUAUUACGAAAUGUCGUCAUUAUUUUUGUGAAUCUUGUGCAUUAAGUCAUUAUAGAAUUAAUCCAGGUUGUGCUGUAUGUAAUGCUGCAACAAGUGGUUUAUUUAUGCCUGCAAAAGAAAUUGUUGCUAAAUUAAAACAACAAAAUCAAUUAAAAGAACAACUUAGUAAAUCAUCAACAUCAAAAAAUGAUGAUAAUCAUACAAGUAGUGAUGAUGAUGAUGAUGAAGAAAAUUCUUAA